GCGCGUGCCUGCCCUGCCAAAAAAAAAAAAAUCAAACCGAUGAACGGUAAAUCGGCGAUUUUCACCGGCGGUUUGAGGUUUGAGAAAAUCCCAAACUGAAACCGAACCGUCGAAACGACAGUUUCGAUUCGGUUUGUGCCCGAUUUCGAUUUGAACCGUAACCCGCUGUUCGAAAAUCGGAAAAUAUGCUGUUCGAACCGACGGUUCGAAACCGAAUGAGCAAGUCCAUGAGCCCAAACCCAAAUCUGUUUAUAUCAACCUAGUCUUGAUUGGGUUAAAGUCUGCUGGGCCGGGCCGGGCCGGCCACUGAACAAUGAAUUCGUCAUGUAAUUUAUUUCAUUUGCUCGGGCGGCGGCGCAAAAGGCUUUUGUACUGCUACUCUUCCAUUUCUAUGGAUGAUUACAGCUUUUUGGCCUGAUUAACACUUUCGAAUUCGGUAUUGUCUUCGUAGAAUUGUCCUCCUUAGAGGGCGAGAUUGUCGUGGAUACACUGAUGUUUGUUUCAACUUCGUUGUCCAUUGUUGAAUUCUUCCAGGUUAGGGUAUGCAGGUGAAUGAUAAUUUUCAAUUAUCUCUUGCAAACAGGUAAUUCUUUUCUACUGACAAAGGUUUGGGAUUGUAAAUCGAAUGUUUCGAUUACAAGGCGCUAAGGCUUGUACGCCCCUACAUGGUAUUAGUAUGGCUCAUUCUGCUGUGAAAUCAUUCGCAAUAUUCCGAAGCUGUAGCCAUUGUAGUUUGACAAGGCGUAGCUCUACUUGCUCUUGGUGGUAUCGAUAUCGUAGCCGCCUGAAUUUGGAAAGUUUUCUCUCAAUUCGAACUCCAAAUAAGAUUGGCCUUACAGCUAGCUCAACAAUCGGGGUAAAUGCAUUGUUCGCCAUGAAUUACAAUUACAGUAUCAGUGCUUCUGAAAAUGCUGGUGGAAGUGAGUAUCUUACAAUGUCAGAUGAGAAGCUAAUGAGCCAGUGUGAGAUGGAUACUUUUAAGUCAUCAGGUCCAGGAGGACAGCACCGCAACAAGAGAGAAUCUGCCGUUCGGCUUAAGCAUCUUCCCACAGGCAUUAUAGCUCAGGCAGCCGAGGAUAGAUCACAACACAAAAACCGGGCAGCUGCGCUUAUUAGAUUGCGUACUCUAUUAGCACUUAAAAUUAGGAAUGCCAUUGAUCUUGAUGGGUACGUUCCUCCUCCAGAGCUAGUCCAGAUUCUUCCAGCAAAUUCCACGAUGAGAGGAUCAUAUAAAGGGCCUCAGAUUGGACCCAAUAACCCUAAAUUUAUUCUGGGAAUGCAGGCUUUGCUUGACCUGAUUUUUGCAGUUGAGGGCUCUGUUUCAGACGCUGCAAAGAAGCUAGGGCUGAGCACUGGAGCUUUAUCACGGUUGAUAUUAUCUGAUGAUUCUCUCAGAGCUGCAGCGAAUGAGUUCAGGGCCACCAAGGGUCUGAAGCCGCUCAAGUAAGACUUUCAUUAUUGGAAGUAUCGAAAGUUUUCAGAUUCACAAUUCCAAAACCUCUUACCGGACGAGCUUCGAGAACCCAAGAGAAGCAUGCCUUGACAAAUUACAAGGUUCGACGAUAAAGUUUGAAAGUUAGGGAGCAAUUAAAGUCCAUGUCGCAAUAGCCGAAGAUUUGUCGAUGGAUGCCGACGUUGGAGCUUGCAACGCCUCAAUCGGACAAAUAACGAAAAAAAUUGUGCAAACUUAGGAGUAUACCGAAUUAGAGAGUUCAAUAUGUAAUUUGCAUAAACUUAUGAUUGCAUAUACAUUAAGUGGAAGACCGUCAAUAUGGAACCUCACAUGUCUCUCAUAUGCAUGGGGACCAUUAGGCUUGUUGUCACUCAUUGGGAGAUUAUAUUCAUCCCACGUUGGAAAAUAUUUCUACUUUUUCCUUUCCUUACUCUUAUAAAUAGGUCCCUUAACAAGCUUUGUAAAACACUGAGCAAAUUAUAUUUUAAUAAAUAUUUGAUCAUUUAUGAUCAUUUACUUUUAUGAAAA